AUGAGGACGCCGGCGGAGAUGAUCGUGGGGCUGGUGCUGUGCCCCUGCGGGCUCCUGCUGACACUCACGGGCACGCUCGCACCCAGCUGGAGGCAGGUGAGCCUCGUACCUGACCAGCCCAUGGACGUCGUUUGGGAGCAGGGCAUCUGGGACAUAUGCAGGGAGCGGCAGAGCACCCACGACCGCCUCUGCGGGCAGGCUGACGGGCUGGGCUACUUUGAGCAGGUGCCCGUGCGGGUGGCCCAAGGGCUGAUGCCCUCCUCGCUGGUGGUCACCCUGGUGGGCUUGGUGGUGGCUGCGCUGGGUGUUCGCUGCUGGCAGCUGGAGCCCCGGCACCUGGUGGCCGGCGUGGCAGGGCUGGUGCUGCUCCUCUCCGGGCUGAUGAGCCUCGUGCCCAGCUCCUGGUACACCCAGGAGCUGUGGGCACUGCCUGCCCCGCCUGGCAGCACGCUGACUGUAGGCUACAGCUUGGUGCUGAGCUAUCUGGGAAGCUGUCUGGAAAUCCUGGGGGGGCUGGCCCUCACCCUCAGCUUCCAUCACUGCUGCAAGGAGCGCAGAGCUCCCAAAUUGCCCCCCACCACUGUAACAGAGGCUGAGUCGGGCUCCAGUAGAGGUUACAACAAUCCCUGGGACGUGCUGGAGGAUGAGAAAGAUGGACAGCGCUGGGGGAGAAGCCCACCUUGUGAUUCUGACUUGUAG